UUUUCCCAUCUUAAUUGUUCAAUAAAAAAAACAGCUGUCUGCUGUUUUUUAGUGUGAUAGUGUUGUCACCGGUGUUUUUUUUAUAAAAAAACACAAACUUUUAAGUGAAAUUUCAAAAAAUAAUAUUUUUUUUAUUAUUUUUAUAUAUUAAAUUAAUUUCCAAAUACUUAGUUUAAUUUUAAUUCGGAAAAAAAUGUCGGGUCCGAUGGUUUUGUGUCAAUUGUGGAUGGGCGGUUUGGAGCCAUAUAUGACUGAGAGCUUUAUUUUAAAUGCUUUUCACAAAAUGAAUGAACAACCACAAACUGUAAAAGUAAUGAGGAAUCGCUACACUGGAGAACCAGCUGGUUAUUGUUUUGUUCAUUUUCCCACUGAUGAAAUGGCUCUCGACGCAAUGCAUAAAUUAAAUGGCAAAAUUAUUCCUGGCUCAAAUCCGCCAGUUCGGUUUCGACUGAACCACGCAAGUACAACAGGAAAACCAGCAUCUGACAGAGAAUUCAGCGUUUGGGUUGGUGACCUUUCAACCGACGUAGACGAUUAUUCUCUGUACAGGACUUUUGCUUCCAAAUACAAUUCGAUUCGAACGGCAAAAGUUAUUUUAGACAAUAAUGGCUUCAGUAAGGGUUAUGGUUUCGUUCGUUUUGCUAAUGAAGACGAGCAGAAAAAUUGUUUGGUUGCAAUGAAUGGCUAUCGAGGACUUGGAACGAAAUCUUUAAAAAUUUGCAACGCUGUACCAAGGCCUUGGAGUAAAUCGGGAUCUUCUCCUCCGCAUUCAUCUGCUGAUUAUUCCUCGAAUCUUGGCUCAGAAUCUUAUAAUUAUUAUGAUACAUCUUCUUAUUGGAACAGCUACAGUGCUUGGCAACAAGGAUAUUAUGAAAGUGAGCCAACAUCGGAAAGUUAUGGCACUUACAUGGCCGAUCAUAAACCCGAGGAAGACGAACUGGAAUUAAUAGAGCACUCGACGCCAAUCGACACUGACAAAUUGAAUCGAGAAGUGAUCGAGCAAGAUUACAAUUUAUGGGACGCCUUGGAAAGUUCAAAGUGGAUUCCAUGUGAUACUCUUGAAUUAUGCUACUAACUAAUAAUUAACUAAAAUUCAUUUUAGACUAAAUAAUUUUAUCAAGAGAAUCAAAAGACAAGAAAAAUAAGUCCUCAAUCAUUCUUCCCAUUGUCGUAAGUUCUUCGAAAGCCACACGAUAUUUUUAAGAAUAAUUUUUUUUUUUUUCUUAAAUAAAUCAUACUAGGAUUUAUAAGUAUUUGAUAAUAUAAUUAAUUUAAGAAUAAAAAGAAAUAAAAAAAAUUAAUAAACAAAAUUACAUAGAUCAAAAA